AUGAAGAGACACUCUCGUAAUGAGACGAGUCAUGAUGCAAAUAACGGAGAAAAUAGGCUGCAAACAAAUGCAACUACGACCAGGUCAUUCCUUGCAAUGAUGAUGAUAAUAAUGAUGAUGAUGAUCUUGCCUCCCAAUGUUCAAGCCAGAGUUCCCAACACCAUUACGGUGAAUGCCGUCGUUCCUCAAAGUCUUCACAAAGAUGAUUACAAGACUGGCUUUGAGAAUGCCAUUUCGGCCGAAUUUGGACGAUUUCAUGUGGCACCAGCUUCCAAUCCAGCACAAGAUAUGCGUGGCAGUCUCAUUGUCAAUCUGUACCAGGUGGGUUCGCCCAUGUGCAAUACCAAGCAAGUGGAAGAUGCGAGAAAGAAGAAGGAAGCCGAAAAAUGGAAACCGCCGUACGGUUUGUUGAUUGAGCGAAAUCAAGAGACUUCUGCGACUAGGGGUUGCACCUAUGUCCAACAAGCCAGACACGCCCAAGAGCUGGGAGCUGCUUCUGCUAUACUUGUGAAUCACAAGUGCCUCUGCGACGACGACGACAAAUGCAAGGGACAACAUGGUUGCGAAUCCAUUCCUCCCGUUCUUCAUGACGAUGGGACUGGCCACGACGUCCAGAUUCCAGCCGUUAUGUUGACCAAACAAGAUGGUGACUCGAUCAAAGACGCACUCAAAACUAGUACUGUCGCCCUCGAAUUGUAUUACAAACCCUUUCGGUCGGUAAUGGUGACGGUCACUCUGUGGCAUACGCCCUUUUUUCACUCCAGUGGCUUCUUCGGCAGCAGCAACAACGACGCCGAAAAAGAACAAGGUGGUGUGGACCAAAUGGCAGGUCAAUGGUGGCACAACAUGUCCAUCGUCAUGAACACCUUUGGAGAAUCCGUCGAAUUUAAUCCCCGAUACAUGAUGCUGGAUGGUACCACCAUAGAUUGUUUGGACAAUCCAGCUUGCAAUACGACUUGUACCAAUGGUGGACGAUACUGCGAUGCUUCGGGAGCUGUCGAUGAUGGAGUCUACCAUAUUGAAGAAUCCUUGGUGCGACGGUGCAUUUGGCGGCAUGUCCGCAAUUCCAACGAUCCUGACAGUGCUGUAGAGCAGGUGUGGUGGACCUAUGUGUCCUAUACAUCUGAACAGUGUUCAGACCAUCGACAAAUCGACGAAGGUGGUGACAAUCCAAAGUUUUGUCGGGAUCCGGCUUUGGAGCAGGCAGGAAUGGUUGACAUUGUCCAUGACUGCAUCAUGAACAGUGGGGAUAUCGAAGACGAUGUCCACAAUGCAUUAUUGAACGAAGAACUGGAGAUUCAAACACGCCAUGGACCUCAUGUGAAUCCAACCAUGACGGUGAAUGGAAUCGAUAUUCGAUAUACACAUUCUGUUCGGCAUCAUCGCUAUUUGUCCGCGGCCAGUGUGUUUGAGGCAGCCUGCAAUGCCCUGUUGCCCGAAAACAAGCAUGUAGCCUGCGAUAUCUGCUUGGCCUGCCACGAUCCCAUCUCUUGUUUGGCCCAAUCGGAACCAUGGACUUGCGAUGCGCAUCCUGCACCCGCACGAAAAAGGAAAAAGAGACAUCACUUUCGCAACUUUUUCCUGUGGUGUAUCUUUAUCGGUGGCAUGGUGUUUGCAGCCAACAAAUAUCGAAGGUACCAGAACGAGCAGAACCUGGAAGCCUUUUUCCAAACCCAUAAUGAUUACACACUGAAUGAGAAUCUAUUUGGAAACGAGUAA